UGCUGCACUAGCGGCGGCGGCGGCUCAGCGGGACCGAGGGCACGAGCGGCCGAGACCAUGGCUGGAGGCAAAGCUGGAAAGGACAGUGGAAAGGCCAAGGCCAAGGCAGUGUCUCGCUCACAGAGAGCUGGGCUACAGUUUCCUGUGGGCCGCAUCCAUAGACAUUUGAAGACUCGUACCACGAGCCACGGAAGGGUCGGUGCCACUGCUGCAGUGUAUAGUGCUGCGAUUCUGGAGUACCUCACCGCUGAGGUUAUGUGCUCAAAUGUCUUGGUACAGAGUAAUCCUUCUAAGUGUGUCCUUUAUGACAUGUUGCUACACUUUCUGGAACAAUAA